AUGUCCCCUCAUGGUCCGUCGGCGACAGGGCAGGUAGUUGCUGUCCCCUUCAUGAGCGCUUCCUACUUACACACCACUUGGCUGGGGAAGAAGAUCGUCGACUUCUGGUGGCACGGUCUGGCUGAUAGCUCUUACCAUGCCGCUGGAGUCCCUGCCGAUUCUCCACUGCGCCACUCUGUGCUACCCUUCUGGCAUACUCGGGUGAACGAUGAAGGCGUGCCUCGUCCAAACGGCUUUCAUGCGCUCGCUGUUGCUGGAAAAGUCGAGGUUAUCUGCCCGGCUCGUGUGUCCGGCUACGGUGGCGACGGGUCAGUGAUUCUGGAGGACGGCAGGUCUCUUCCCGCCAGUGCGGUCAUUCUUGCUACAGGAUAUACGUCGUCUUGGCCUGCGAUUUUCGACGAGCAGACUAUCAAGGAUCUAGGAUCGGAUCCGCAGCCUGCGAAGGAAACGACGACGCAUGAGUGGAAUUACACUACCCUCGCAGGUUCUCCACCCAUACAUCCCGAAGCGAAGCGUUGGUCGUCCUCCCUGUAUCGUGGAAUCGUCCCAGCCAAACACAUAUCUCGUCGUGACCUAGCAGUCAAUGGUGCAGUGGUUUCUCCCAACUUCGGCUACACCACCGAAGUGACCUCCCAUUGGAUCUCUUCGUACAUCCUUGGCGACCACUUCUUGCGUCUGCCCAAAAUUCCUGAGGAAGCGUUCGCGUCGACGGAACGAGACGCUGCUUGGCUGCGAGCCCGCUACCCCCAAAUUCCGACGGCCCUCAACAACAGCCACACGAGCUACCUCGCGUUCUGGUCGUGGUCCCAACAUGCCGACGAUGACCUCGAGGACAUGGGUCUCCCAAUUAUGCGGAGCGGAGGGAACGCCAUCACCUGGCCAUUCAAAGUUAUCUACUUUCACUCGAACAGGUCUGUGCCCAAGGACGGGAACAAGGGGCACAAGCAGCUCAUCGGUGCAACCAUUGACUUUGUCAUCGGCUGCCUGCGCCUUAGCAUCCCGUACAUGUUCAUCGGCCGUACGUAUGGUCACUCGACGUUCGACGAGGAGAGCGGCUUGUACAGUGCGGAUCCUAUGCUCAAGAUUGGCGCGUGCGCUUGCCUCGUAACUGUUGUUAUUCUGAGCGCGAUGAUCGGUGACCCUCGCCAGGUGAAUAUGAGGUCGGUCGAGUCGAGUCCUGAGGCCACGAGGAAGGGCGUCGUGUCCCCUCGUCGGGUCUGGGAGACACUGUCGAGGGGCGGAUCUUGGUGA